UGUUUGCCGGCGACCUCAGGUGCUCGGUCAUCGUUUUGCGUCCGGACCGCCAUUAUAAGGCUGUAAAACACACGGCUAUUUAUUAUUGUGUAGUGCAACCGAAAACGCAACAUCGCGGUUAAUUAACACAUCGCUGUUCGGAUGGUUAUGGUUACGUAACAACAACAAUAAUUCGUAAUGGUGAACGAUAUUCCGUUGGAAACGUGGAACAAAACCGACGAAUCGACGUAAGUAUACAAGAGUUUUUGUUUUUCAACGAUUAGCGAUAAGCGCACUUAUCUACAAAAUAUAAACAGAUGUAUUGGUAUUUUUUUUAUUUAUUUUUUUUUUUUUUUUUUAGGGUUCUCCUCUCUUUAAACAAAAACAACGACGGGCAUUCGAAAUCGGUGUACGACGCGUACCAAGGUCGGAUUUUGAUUCUUUUCCUGGCUUUUACAUUACUGAUUUUCACGUUCGCGAUAUCCGCCGUUGAUCUUUGGUCGGAUCUUGGAUCAAAUGACGGCGAUCAACCCGUACAGGUAAUAAACCUGGAGAGUUGAACCAUAAAAUAAUUGAGCACUGAUUUUACCUUAGGAACGGUAAACAAUGCACUUAUACAUAUAUAUUGUAAUAUAAAUCUAGUCAUAUAAAUAUGUAUAUACGUAUAUAAUAUAGGCUACUUGAAAUUAAACAAUAGAUAACAACGAUUACAUAUAAUAUUACGAAUAUCAAUUCCGUUUUUUUUUACAUCAAAAUUAUCCGAAUUUAUUGUAUAUUAUACAUGAAUAUUUUUAUGUAUACACUAUACACAUGUCGUGUUUACCGGGUAAUACGUUAAAAAUUGAUUAACUGCUAUAUUUUAUUUGUGUUUUGACCGUCGAUCUGUCGUGACCUCCUGGCUCCUGAACUUAGCUGAAUACGUAGUAGUUGGACCCAUACAGUCUUAUGUACUUAUAUGUAUGAACUAUAUAUUAUUGGAUUUAUAAAUUAAUAGUAUAAUUAUUGUAAGUUUAUUAUUCGUGUAAUAAUAAAUUAUGUGUUUAAUAUAUUAAUAUUAUUGAAUCGUUAAAUGAUAAAAUGGGAUUUCUGGUAAUAAUAAAAAUGCAUUCUAUUUACAAUAUUAACAUUUUACGUGUUUGUAAAAAAAAAUUAUUCAUUCAUAAAUUAAAUUAUGGAAUUAAUUAUACCCGCACAUUCGCGCUUGUACGUGUGAUGUAAAUGUUUAGAAUAAUUAUUAUAUUUUAACUAUGAUUUAGCUAUUUUUGUCCAUUGAACAUAUUACAUUGAUUAAUACAUUAGAUAAGAACAAAUUCAUUGAAGACUUCGCCGAGAAAAAGCUAGACAAAUUGGAAUCUAAAUGUGAUUAAUGUCAUGUGCAUAUUAACAUAAUAAAUACGAUUAUGUUACUUAUGAUUAAUACUAGUAGCUUAUGUAUUAUGUAUUUAUAUUUUAAAAAGUAUUAAUUUAAAGAAGCGUUUACAAAAUUAUUAUGUAACAAAAAAAAGCACUUAUUUUGAACAUUUUUAGCUUUAAGCUAAAAUUAUAAUUUAUAAAUCGUAAGGGCACAUUUUGAAGUUUCACAUCAGGCGCAAUAUUUGGUUGCUACGGUCCUGGAGAUAUAAAGCAUUAAAGGGGAUUGAAAGCAGUGAUUUUUUUUUAAUUUGGCGUAGUUCUCUUCUGACUUGGGUAAAAAGAUCGAUCUUAUAGUGAAGCAAUGAAAAUUCUGAAUAUAAAUUUCAAUAUAUAUCGUCAAUUCUAAUACUUGAGAUCGACUUUCUCGCUUUUUGAUUUUAUUCUUGUAAAUACUAAAACAAUUUUACAAAAAAUAGUGUAUAAAUGAACAAUUGUCAUGUUUCAAUUUUUGAUCAAAUAUUUUCCAACACAUUGCGCAUUUGUGAGACAAAGGUAGAAAAUCACCGAUUUCAAUCCAUUUACCAUUAUAUUAUUUUAAACAGGUAUAAUUUUGGAUUAUAUUUUUUAAUCACUAUACCAGCAUUGCGAUACAUCAUGCAGUAAUAUAAUAAAUAUAAAAAAAAAAUCAAAAACCAGUUUGGCUUUUUUUUUUUAAUUAUAUGAGUUACUACAAUGAAGAUAACACAAAACUCACGGAUAAAAUGAGACUAAAAACGAGUUUUACGCGAUUAUAUUUAACAUAGGUCUAUAUAAUAUAAUCUACAUUUUAGAAAUAUUUGAAACUUUUUUUUUCAUUGGUAAAGUUGUUUGCGAAAUAUAUGUUUUUAACUUUAAAUUUAUUCUACGUUUUUCAAAUGCUUAAAAAAAAUUAAAUUAAGACAAAUUCUGAAAAACUCAUAAAAACGCUUCGUCGCAUAUGUAUAAUGUUCUCCUCCUCGAUAUAAAAUGAAUAUGCUUCGUAUUUAUUUUGAUUGUAAUAUUGUGUUUAUCUCUAGAUCUGGUAGUACUGGUUUUGAGUAAAUAUUAUUUCACAGUUCGAUCGUAUCGUAAAGCAUAUUAUAGAACUGGCGGGAAUAAAUACUAGUUAUUUUCUUUAUACCUAUUUGGAUAUGUUACUGUCGCGGCUCUAAUUAAUGCGAUUUUGUCAAUUUUUUUCAAACAGUCGUCACUACAUCCGAUUGCAAUCGUUGACGGUCACUUUAGUUUCGAAACCAGCGAAUAUCUCGUCCGUUGUGCACCUAUCGUCCGUUGCGACUCUGGCAACAAGUACAGAACUGCUAACGGGACUUGUAACAAUCUGAACAAUCCGAUUUGGGGUUCGUCAAACACUCCAUUUGUCAGACUUGUCAAAGCGCACUAUAGUGACGGUAAUAACAUGUAUAAUACUAUAAUAAUAAAACUGGUCUAUACGAUGAUAGUAGGAAAAUAGAUAGUAUAUUGUCGUAAUAGUAACCAUCAUGAUAAAUAUAUAUAUAUAUGUAUAUAUAUAUAUAUAUAGAGAGAGAGAGAGAGAGAGAGAGAUCUAUAAUAAUGGAUUAAUGACGUAAAUGAUCGUCAGGAUGUUUUUAAAAUAAUUUUAACUCGUUUAGAAAAAGCCGUUAUUAAAUAAAAAAUUACAACAAUAGAAAAAAAUUAACUUUCCCGUUUUUCCUAUGUUUUUUUCUGGAUUUUCCCAAUUACUGUGAAACUGUUUAGAAAAUAAAUAAAACCUCUAUAUAAAGUAUCAACUAGAUCCAAACUUCUACAAAAAAGCUCUCCUGUUGUUUCUUGAUUAGAAUACGAUUUCCGGUAGAAAAGUAGUUCAUAAACACAGACAAAUUCAUACAUCUCAUAGUAAAACCAUUUCAUAAUAAAAGUAAACUACAUGUAUAGAAUAUUUUAAACAAAUGAAAUACCGAUAUUUUUUUCAGUUAACCUUUCCCUUAAAUGAGUUUCAGAUACGCUACUAAAUGUUAUUAUCACACUAUCAUGCAUACAUGAUAGUUUGAUAGCUACUAUCUCACGAGUAGUAGUAGGCAUAAUACUAUCACAGUAUGAACACAUAUACUAUAGUCCUAUUUUACUGUCGUCACAAACUUUUCUGUGUAUCAAUUCACUCUAUACUAUAUUAUACUUAGUGGUCAAAACAAAUUUUAGUGUAAUUUAGUAUUUUUUUUAUAAGAGUUUAAAUAUUAAAUUUAAAUAAAAACCGUAAAUAUCGCGGCCUUUCAGAACAUGUAUAACCGAACUUCGCUCCAAAUCGUUUUUCGUUAAUAAUUAUUUAUCAGCGCUUAGAGAUAUAAAUCUUUAUAUAAACAACUUUAUGUAUCCUAACUUCCAAACUUCCCACCUAAAACAAUAGCACACCCAUCCCCAGUAUCAGUUUUUUUUUAUCAUUGCAGAGUUGAAUAACUUGCAAAUAAAAUGCACAAUUUGCUUUUAUUAGUCUAUAUUGUUAUAGUGUGACCAACAUUCUAUACAAUUUUUUGAAAAUAAAACAAAUAAUUGUGUUAAUAACAAAACACGUUUAAAACAGUUGUAUGUAACUAAAUGUACUGUUUUAUAAUGAUGUGUGUUAUUUUUAUUUUUUUUACUAUCUGUAAUAAUCUUUUCUACCAGGAAUUUUGACCUAAUAAAAAAAAGGCGAUAAUUUUUUCGUUGCAUUUUGGAUUUAGUGCUAAAUGCUUCGUUAAUUCAUAAAUAAUUAAAUACUAAAUAAUAAAUAGUUAAAUUAUAAAAAUAACUGAAUAUUAAAACACAUGUUAAGUUAAACUUCGCUCAGAAUAAUUUUUUUUUAAUAAUGAUUUAUCAUUUCGUACAGGUAUAAAUUAAAUAACUUUAUUCUACCAUCCGAAUUCUUUACCUACAACCCUCCGUCUACUUCACACCCAGUAUCAGCUCUUUUAAGGUUCUUAGUUGUAACAAGAAAUAUAUUGGUUUUUAUAUAUAUAUUUUACUAUAAUGUAUGCAAUUCCUUUUUCUGUUUGUAAACUACUCUUCUACUAGAAUUAUUGCUUGAAUCAAAAACUUUUUUAUUGUUGAUCUAGUUGGUACAUUGAUAACAUCAUUUUUCGAUUUUCCUUGUACUUUUCUUAACAAAUAAGAAAAACUGGUAAUUUUUCGUAUAAUUUGUAUUAAUUUCUAGGUUACCUUGACACAAGGGGAAAAUGCGUUAAUAAUACUUUGCUCAAAUCUUUUUUUCGUUUAUGAGGGUUCAUAAUCAUCUAUACAAACAGAAAUUAAAUUACUCAUAUAUUUUACCUUCUCUUCUAAAGCAGUUGGGGACACACCCAUCACUAGAAUCAGCCUUCUUAUAUUUAAUAUAAUCUCAUAUUUAAAUUAAUAAUGGUAAUAAUAUUAUGUAUAUAAUUAUAACAAUAAUUUAUAUUUAAAAAAAUAAAUAUUAACAAUAAUGUUAUGAGUAUUAUAUAUCUCUUUGCAAACUAAAUCAACAUAAAUAAUUGUAUUGGUACUAUUAAUUGUAGGGAUAUACACUAUACAGGCAUCCAAAAUGCAGUUAUACACCCACAAUGUUCCCACAAUAAAUGAUUUGAAACGUCUUAAGCCCUACAUUUCACAAGAUUCUGUUUCCAGAUUUUGAAGAACAAUUUACGAGUGACCAACUCACUAGUAACUUAAACAAUAAAUUUUAAUAUUAAAUAAAUAACUUAAUAAUUUAAUUUCCAAAUUGCUUAAAAGAAUAAAAAAAUUUUUCAUUGCAAAAACAAAACCUACUUCUAAAACCAUCACUGUGUUUAAAAUGGUUAAGUGCAAAAAAGGAACAUAUCCAACAAUUAAAAAUGGGUCUCAUUAUGCAUUCAUAUUAAUUUUAGGAAAAUAUUAAGAUGAAUAAUUUUUGAAAAGGUGAAUAACGCUAUUUGUUCAUUUACGUCUAGCUCCUUUUAAAUCUUGCAUAGACAGUUUUAUCUACCUUCUAUAAAAUUUGGUUUUAGGAACAUAUCUUCUUUUUUCAAUUAGUGAUUCAUAUAUUCUCUCACAAGGCUCAAAACUUUUUUAUAACUUAACGUUUUAAAACUAAGGGAGUAUAAAUAAUAAGUGAUAAGGGAAUAAGGGAAUCAUAAAAUAACAAAUGAUAAGGAUUCUAGCUUAACAAAAACUAGAUAAAAAAAAUUAAGUGCAACCCUCCCCCCUUAACAAACAUUUGUCUAGCUACAGUACUACUUGAUUACUAACUUUAUGGACUUGAGAUCUAAUUACAGGUUAAAAUUUAAUGUACUUUCUACGAAUAAUCAAAGUAGAAUACGAUAAUCCGAUUAAAAUUAUGUUGUAACUGUAAUAAUGGCUUUUUUUAUUUUAAUCUUUAAUUUUUAUAAGAUAAGCUUUUUUUAUAUUGUGAUAAACGGUUUAGUCUAUCAACAAAAAAAAAAACAGAGGUUUACAGAAAUUACACUAUACAAAUAAAUUUGAAAAAGUUUUCAUCGAACUUUUUUUCAAGGAAUCUCGAAAUUACGCGUAUCGUCCGAAAACAACAAACCUUUGCCGAGCGCUCGAGAAAUCCAAAUACGGUUGUUCUUAAACAAACAAUCAAAAAUACCCGACAAAAACAAUCAGCUGCUAAUGCAAUGGGGUCAGUUUAUCGCCCACGACGUCUCUAAUUUGGCGGUCGAUACAGACGGAAGAGGUAUUACUGAAUAACCAAUAUUAACAAUAAUAAUAAUAUUCGUUUUAUCGAAUAUGAUCGAACGACGCAGGCACAGUUUGACUGGAUUUAUUUCAGAUUGUUGUCUGUAUGGACCGGAUCUACCAUCAUGUGAAGCCACGAUAAAAAUACCGGUGGAUGACCCCGUAUAUUCCGAGUACAAUAAAACAUGCAUGCGAUUUACUCGGGCGAUGACAUCUAAUAACUACAGUUGUCCUUUGCAACCGUCGACAUUUGUAAGUUUGUAUUCACACGAAAUACAUUUACGUUUUUUUCUUGCUGACUGCUAUACAUAAUAUCAUUCAAGAAAAUGAACAAUUCAUAUCGAUAACUUGACUAUGUUAUUUUCGUAGAUGGACGACGCUUCGCAUUUUAUCGACGGGUCCCAAAUAUACGGUUCCAAUGACUACAUCAUGACGUCUCUGCGAUCAUUUACCGACGGUACUCUAAAAUCAGUUACAGCGGACGACGGCCAAGAGUUUUGUCCGCAUUCUUCCGAAGAGUCACCAUCGGGUGCCAAUAAAUAUUUUUACAAUUCCGGUAAAAACCACGAUAAUACAUCAUGCUUGGUCGAUUUUAAAAGUCAUUGUAUAUAUUUGUUUAUUAUAUACUGUAGGAGAUUCACGGAUAAAUAUGAAUCUCGGAUUGGCACUUUUUCAUAACAUGUUCAUGCGGUUUCACAAUUACGUGGCGUUCAAAUUGAAAUCCGCCAAUUCCACAUUGUCCGACGAAACGUUGUUCCAGGAAUCCCGGAGAAUCGUCGGCGCGGUCAUCCAACACGUUACGUACACGCAGUUUUUACCCAUCAUUUUAGGUUAGAUUUUUAAUGUAAGUCAACAUCGAAUUAACUGGAUAAUAUUUCAAAAGAUUUUAUGUACAGGCAAAAAUUACACCGAAAACAUAAUAUUGGUCGACAGUAAAUACGAUCCUUCAGUGAACCCGUCGACGUCACAAGAGUUUUCGGCCGGCGCUUUUCGCGUGCUCCACAAUAUCGUACCAGCCCAACAAAGGUGAGAUCUAUAAAAUCGUGAUAAUAUUAUAAUAUAUACUACAGGAUGAUCUAUUUAAGUGGGUACACUCAAUAUUUCGAAAAGUAAUUACAUUUUGUUUUUUUUUUGAAAAUUUAAAAAACAAUAGCUGCUCUAAAAUUUACAUUAUUUUUGUCACCCAAAUUUUUGGAGGUGAGACGACUAGCUACUUUUGGUUUUCAAAAUUAUGUAAAUAUAUAUGGAGUAUUAGUUAAAAUAAUUGUUGGUGUUGACAUUUUUGGUUUCCGUCAGUCUGUUGAUGAGAUAUUCCACUUUUAAAUUUUAACCAUCCAAAAAAUAAUACUCUACUAGUUUUCACUAGUUUCAAUAAAAAAAAAAAAAAUAUAAAAAGGUAUAUACUUUCCGAGAUAUCGAAUGUUCCAACUUAAAUAAACCACUCUGUAUAUCGUAUGAUCGUGUACUCAGAAAAGGGCAAAAUAAAUCACUAUCUUUUUCUCUUUUCAGUUUUUUAGAGGCUUAUUGCUGUACAACAAAUACUUCUCCAUCUGUCUCUAUCCUGAGCUACUUCGUUAAAAUUGUCUAUGUCUAAUUGGCUUAGUUAGUCUUUUACUUUUUUCGAUCUCUACUUCCAUCUUUCCACCAAUUUCUUCUCCCAAAGUGUCUAGUUUGGUAAAUAGUAUAUCAUUUGUAAUUGUUUUAACCCUUAUUACGUGACCCAACCAAACCAGUAGGUAUAUUCUUCGGAAUAACGAGUAUGACUACCCUAAAGUCUCUGAGUCACGUUGGGCUGUCCAUUUAUAGAAGUUAGACGUUGGACCAACCACCUAACUCGUAAAAAUAAAACGGGUUCCAACAAAAAACCAACAAUACUGCUCAUAAUUAAUAAAGUCGAUUUUGUCGCUCAUGAAAUAUGAAAUCUGUCAUUUUAGACUGGUCGAUUCGAAUUAUACUACCGUACGGGUGAUAAACGUCACGGACUGGAUGAACCGGCCGUAUCUCCUACAGGAACAAAGCUCGAAUUUCGAUAAUCUACUUAGAGGUAUGCUGUACACCGGUGGCCGCUCCAGUCAACAUUCAUACAAUUAUCUGGUAAUUAUUAUUGUUUACUCGUACAUUUCAUAAUCAAUUAUAAAACAUAUUUGUAUCACGUCUCCCUACAUAGAUUUCUAAUUUUAUGUUUCAUCCGGACAAUUCGGUGAUUGGCACGGAUCUCCUGUCGUACGACAUCCAACGGGGACGGGACACGGGUCUACCGCCUUACAACAAAAUGAGAGAACUGUGCGGACUGUCCGUCGCCUAUUCAUACGACGAUUUGGCCGACGUCAUACAAUCUGACGUCAGUUUUUUUCAUAACCAUAUUCACAUAUUAUAUGAGAUACCUAGUUAUUUUUUUUCCUAGGACAUUUAUAAAUUAGAAGAACUUUACGACUCUGUCAACGACAUUGACUUCUUGGUGGGUGCACUAUUAGAGACGCCCGAGGACGACGCUUUGGUCGGAAAAACCUCUCGGUGUGUCAUAGGAGACUUUUUCCGUAGAUCACGAACCGGUGAUCGAUUUUUCUACGACAACGACGCAGAACACCCCGGAAAGUUCUCCAAAGGUUAUUUAUCGUAGAUCUUUCUGCAAUACAAUAAUAUUAUUAACUAUGAUAAUAAAUAAAAAAAUAUAAUAUUAUGUAUUACUCGUUUUCAAUUAAUUAUAUACAUUUUUUUUUAUUUUUUUAAGAUAAACUCGAAGUAAUAAAAUCGAUUAGUCUGGAUCAUGUUAUAUGCGCUACAUCGCUCGUAGAUCACUUGCAAAAUAAUAGUUUCACCAAAAUCGAUAAUGGGUAAGAUUAUAAUAUUCAGUGGUGUCAAACCCUAUUUUUAAGUUCAACUCUUGGCCUUGAAAUUAACUAUUCUUUAAAUUAAAUAUUGAAAAUUAAGUUUAGAUCCGCUUGAUUUUAGGCUGAAAUUUAGUCGCCAAAGCAAUUGAAUACUUUAUUGCAAAAAUAAAAACUUACACUAAUUAAAAUGUUGGACAUAAAAUGUGUUUAGUUAUUGGAGUUUCUUGAAAUAUAUUUAGCUGAACUACAUUUUUAAGACUUAAACGUAACUGAUAAUAUUUACCAAUUACAUUUUUUAAUGUUGAUAUUCCCAUUAGACAUCCAAAUAUUUAUCUAGUCCAGAAAUUAUUAGGAUAAUGAAUAUAUUGUUUACUGUUUAUUUGAAAAAAAUGUGCCUGUAAUUGAGUUGACUGUGGGUUCGAUAUAACAAAAUCCUUAUUCCCUGAAAGUAAAUGUCUGUACGAAUAUUUCAUUAGCACAAAUUCUCAUUUUGCUUAAAUUGUAUAUUUUAACCCGUUAAAAAUAUUUUCACGUUAAAAUUUUGGUAUUUCAAAGCUAUUGUAUUACAUAAUAUUUAUGUUGGACGUAUUAUUUUGAAUUAGUAUUUAAUAAAGAAAACAACAUACUGUUUUAGAUGGUAUUCUUCUAUGAAAUGGGACUGCGAUGAAAAAUAUAAAAUCGAUUUCAAACCGUGGGAAGAAGAACAUUGCAGCAAUUAAGUUUUAUUAAAAUAAUAUGUUUUUUUUUUUUUUAAUGUACAUAUAAUUUAUCAACUAUUGUCUAUUUUUAAUAUUUUUUUAUAUGAUAAAUAAUAUUAUAAUAUAAUAC